UUUUGUAUGCAGUUCGGGGAAGAAAGUGAGAAAGAGAAGAGCACAUCAGAAAGACAGGAAGGCAGGAGCAGAGGUUUCUUUCAUUUGUGUUGCUGAAUUUCGAAGAGCGAUGGUGGGAGUGUGCACGGUGGGGGCCACACCAACCUCAUUCUUCCCUUGACUGGGACCCUUCCACUGCACCUGGACUUGCAGGGCGGGCUGUCCUGUUGCUCCCACCCCCCCACCUCACACACAACCUGUCUGCUGCCCUUAAAAAAAAAAAAAAAAGACGGCAAGCUCACAGAAGCAUCUUUGGGACGCCACAGAAAUCAUUAUUGAACACCCGCACACAAAAGUAACCUGUGAGGUGUGUUUUAAAGAAAGACACAGCCGAAAACUUGAAGACGUAUUUAGAAAUAUACAUAGCCAUCCUAUUUUCUUGUGGCAGAUCUCCUUUGAGCCAAGGAGAAGCGCUACAAAGCAGCCACUGUGCUCAGUGAACGGCCUCCCCCCUGUAUCGCUUCAUUGAGAAGGUAUACAAAUGCUCUCAGUCCAGCCAGACACCAAGCCGAAAGGUUGUGCUGGCUGCAACCGAAAGAUCAAGGACCGAUAUCUUCUAAAGGCACUGGACAAAUACUGGCAUGAAGACUGCCUGAAGUGUGCCUGCUGUGACUGUCGUUUGGGAGAGGUGGGCUCGACCCUGUACACUAAAGCUAAUCUUAUCCUUUGUCGCAGAGACUAUCUGAGGCUCUUUGGUGUCACCGGAAACUGUGCUGCGUGUAGUAAGCUCAUUCCUGCCUUUGAGAUGGUGAUGCGAGCCAAGGACAACGUUUACCACCUGGAUUGCUUUGCUUGUCAGCUUUGUAAUCAGAGAUUUUGUGUUGGAGACAAAUUUUUCUUAAAGAAUAACAUGAUCCUUUGCCAGACAGACUACGAGGAAGGUUUAAUGAAAGAAGGAUAUGCACCCCAGGUUCGCUGAUCUAUCAUCAUCACCCCGUUAAGAAUACAAAGCACUACAUUCUUUUAUCUUUUUUGCUCCACAUGUAUAUAAGAAUUGACACAGGAACCUUCUGGAUAGCGUAGAAAUAGGGAAGCAGGAUGGUGAUAUGGAAUAAAAGGCGGACUGCAUCUGUAUGUAGUGAAAUUGCCCCAGUUCAGAGUUGAAUGUUUAUUAUUAAAGAAAAAAGUAAUGUACAUAUUGCUGGAUUUCUUUGCUUGCUAUUCGUUUUUGUGUCACCUGGCAUGAGAUGUUUAUUUUGGACUAUUGUAUAUAAUGUAUUGUAAUAUUUGAAGCACAAAUGUAAUACAGUUUUAUUGUGUUACCAUUUGUGUUCUGUUUGCUUCUUUGUAUUGUUGCAUUUAGUACAAUCAGUGUUUAAACUUACUGUAUAUUUAUGCUUUCUGUAUCUACCAGCUAUUUUAAAUGAGCUGUAACUUUCUAGUAAAGAGUUGAAGAGCAAAUCUCACUAAUGAUACAUGGAUAGAUAAAGCAAGUCUAUCAACAUUAAAAAUAUUAAAAACUAAAGACACACAACACAUUUUAGCAACAUCCACUACUUAUUGCCACUAUGAUUUGGAGUCUAUCAGUGUUCUCAAUGUAACUCCCUAUUUUCAGGGGGUUAAAGAUCAGCUUUAAAAAAAUACAUAAAAAUUCAUCUUAAAGCACUUUCAUUUUAUACCAGCGUGAAAAGUGCCAUUUUUAGAAUAACUUUAAAGCUUAACCAUUAUUCUUUUAAUAGCCUUUUUUGUGCUCCUUACCUACACAAUGGCUUGGCUUUGCUUUUUCAGCCACACACCUUACGUAAACUAGUGCCUUUGGGUAUCAUGUAAAAUUUUUCCAAAGGGUUACUUUAAAAACGUGUUACCACAACUAUGAGAUGAUUUUAAAAUGAUACGUUUCUUAUAUAACUUUUGCCCCAACCUCUCCACAGGAGCCAAGGGUUGAAUAACUUUAUGGCUUAAUAGAUUUAUGGCACUGAAGAUUUGAGUGUGAACCUACUGAGAUCAUAUUAAUGGCAUUUAUUUUAAUGUUCAAAAAGUGAACACUUUAAGUUUGAUGUGUCUUACUCUCUCAUUGCUUUAAGGAAUCACCAACUCAGAAUACAUCACAUUUAGGCCUAAAUUUGUUAUUCCAUCUUUUCAAGGUGAACUACUGUUCCAUUCCCUUCAUGAUAAAGAAGAAAGCUCUGGAUAGAGAAAUGCCGAAAAGCAAUUCUAUAAGUUACAAUUAAGGAAAUAAAAAUGAGAACACAGUCCCCUCUUUCCAAUGCCUGCACUUUGCUGUUAUGCUUUUGCUCCCUGAAAUCAAACUCUUCAGCAAAUCUAUUCUACACAGGCACAACGAAACAUCUUUCUACUAUAGCAAAUUUGUGCUGUAGGUUUUCUGUAUCUUUUUUUUUUCUUGAUUACUGUAUACAAAACAGUGUUUCCCAUUGUUAUUUGCAUACACAUUUUGUCCUGCCAAUAUGCAUUGCAGAUGAAAAUUAAAUAGUAGACAUGAAUUCUUGGUUUUGGGGCCAAAAUAUUAAGCCGAAAAUCAUGCUGGUGUGGAUUUGAGUUGUUUUAAAACAAAGCUUUAUUAUGAACAUGCAUGUGAAUUUGGAUAUUGCCUCUUAUGUCAAAGAACAUCAUUCUGUGAAAAGUGGAUGACAAUGUAUUUUUACAAAUACUUCAUGGUUAAGAGUGUUCAAGUCACAUGUCUCCCAAAUUUGAGAUACAUGGAAGAAAAAAGUUUUAAAAGUACUUGUUCAGGAUCCAUGCAAUCACUGUAAUAUUAGCCUGAGAACCUUAUGCUUAUUUCAUGUAGAAAAAAAUGAUACAUGGUUGAAAGGAAGCAGAACAAAACAAAAUAAAAAUGGGAGGGGGAGAGAAGUGAGAAGUUGUUUUCAUAAAGUAGCGCUGCUAGUCCUAGAUUUCAGUUGUUUAAAAUUCCUAUGGAUGUUAAAAUUCAACUGUAUCUCUUUGAAAUGAUCUUUUUUUAGAUUUGAAUUAUUGUCAAUAUUUUUAUUAAUAUGUCAAACCUUGUCAAUUGGGAACCAGCUUAUCUCAGCUUCUUGAAGCUGUCCAACUAUCUUUGCCAACCGAGCAAAGCUUUUAUGACUUUUCCUUUGUCUAAUCCCUUGGGAGUUCAUAUUUAAUGUGUUUUACUACAAACAAAAUUUCUCACCUGGAUUAAAGAUUAAAGCCUUAAUCUAUUAAGAUUAUCUUUAAUCUCCAUGAAGUUGUGAAACAAGACAAGAAUAAUUUUGCAGCUGUGGGCCAUUUUACAGAAAGUGCCCAUUCAUCAUAGCAUUUUUGACCUGAAGUACUAAGCUGAUUGUCUUGACUACUCAAAGCGGUGGUUGUCGACUUUCUUUUCUGUGUUGUGUAGCCCUGAUGUCACUUAGCUUGUCACCUGAUGCUCCUGGAGGACACUUCCAUGGAGCUUUGAUUUCUCAAGCAGCUAAAGCUCCCUGCCCAACAUGCAUCUCCUACAGGUUGCCUGGGAUGAUGAGCCAGGCACCACUACCCCACCAGCGUGCUAACGAACUUAAAGCUAACCUGUGUUUGUAAUUUCACUUCCAUCUUGCUUAAUAAAUAUCUGCUGGAUUCUUUCAUUCUUUUUUAA